CCCACUCCCAAGGAGGCGCCAUGAAAAGUUCUCUUAACUUUUCAUGGCGUCGGUGGACUUGUCGUAAAUCGAGCGACGUCCAACGUAAUUUUACGACGCUGUACCGACUGAUGAAACCAUGUUGGGAGGAAGAACAAACGUUCGUAGCACAAAGGACGGCCCGUUUUCAGAAAAUGCUGAACUCCGUUCGACGCCCACUUGAGCAGGAAUUAUCGUCGCGCUGAACUCCGAGACAUUCGGUUGGUAAGCGUGAUCCGCCUUCACCUGUGAUGCGAGUCAGUUGUUUCGAAGGAGCGAGCUCCAGUGCAUCACAACAGUUACCGAAGAGCCACCAGAUGGAAGGACGCAACGCGCCACCGUCUCGCCGCUCCAUGCUGACACAGGUAUCAGUGGGCCUGUUGGCCAAUUUGGCGUCCAUCUCCCCGGGCAUGAACCUGGGAUUCUCAGCAGUUGCCCUGCCCGCCAUGCGGACCGCCAACGACACGGCGACACUGACAGACGACGAGGCUUCAUGGAUAGGUGAGGAGGCGCUGUAA